AUGGCAGUUAAGUUCGUCGUAGUGCUCGCCGCCUUGGUUGCCGUGGCCCAAAGUUCAGUAGUGCCAGCGGUACCAGUGGCGAAAGUAGACGCCGACUACUCCAGCUUUGCUUACGAUGUAGCGGAUCCUAACACUGGCGACUUCAAGAGCCAAGUAGAGACACGCGUCGGUGGCACGGUGAAGGGACAGUACUCGCUGCUCGACGCUGAUGGAACCAAACGGACCGUGGACUACGCCGCUGAUGACGUCAAUGGUUUCAACGCAGUUGUGAGGAAAGACCCCGCUGUUGUAACUUCGACUGUCGUGGCCUCCGCUCCCGCAGUCGUGGCCUCCGCUCCUGCUGUCGUCGACGCCCGCACCUUCGCCGCACCAUCUGUGUACGCCGCAGCUACCCCGUUAUAUGCGCAAAAGUACUAUUCUGCCCCCACUUACUACGCUGCAAGUGCACCUACAAUUGUAACCCGCAACUUGGCUUCUCCUACGUACUACACCGCCUCCGCGCCCGCUCUAUUCACCACUCGUACCUUUGCCUCUCCCACAUACCUGGCUCAGUCACCGUACACCUAUGCAGCUUACUCAUCGCCGAUUACUUACUGGUAA